AUGGCGGCUCCCGUCCUGCCUCUCCAGCAGGUGAAGCUCGCCUCGCUUCCAUCAACCCGCCUAACACCAGAGCAACAAUACUGGCGCACCUUCAAGAACCCUCUCCUCAUUCCUUCUCCAGCCAAUGGUCCUGUCAACCUAAUUACUCAACCUUCAGUCCCUUCUUCUUCGGCAGUAUUCCCGUCCUUGUCGCAACCACCGGAUGUCUUCACUGUAACCACGGGUGCGCGAGUGCAGAUCUACUCGAUUCGUACCCGCAAGUUGCUGCGAACAAUCACACGAUUCGAUGAUACAGUGCGCGGAACUGAUGUUCGUCCAGAUGGCCGUGUGUUAGUGACUGGUGAUGAUACGGGUACAGUUCAGGUCUUUGAUGUAGCAUCCCGUGCUAUCCUGAAGACAUGGAAAGAUCACAAGCAGCCGGUCUGGGUGAGCAAGUUCUCCCCAAGCGAUCCUACCUCUCUUCUCACAACCAGCGAUGACCGAACCGUUCGUCUGUGGGAUCUGCCAGCCGAGUCAAGUCAGCGAACCUUUGUCGGACACUCCGACUAUGUGCGCAGUGGUGCAUUUAUGCCUGGCGCAAUGGCCUCAUCUGGAUUGCUGGUGUCCGGUUCCUAUGAUCGCACAGUGCGCAUCUGGGAUCCUCGAGUUGACAGCCGUGCUGCCAUGACUUUCAAGAUGGCUGCACCCGUCGAGACUGUUCUCCCUAUGCCUGCGGGCACCACCGUAUUGGCCGCCGCUGAUAACAAGAUCGCGGUCCUGGAUAUUGUGGCUGGUAAACCAUUACAUAUGAUUCAAAACCACCAAAAGACCGUCACCUCCCUUGCCUUGGCCUCUAAUGGCGAGCGCUUGCUCAGUGGUGCUCUGGAUGGACAUCUGAAGGUCUUCGAGACCGCAGGAUGGAACGCAGUGUCUGGUUCUAAAUACCCAUCCCCCAUUCUGUCCCUGAACGUCAUUACCUCUGGUCUGGCAUACGAGGACAAGCACAUUGCUGUCGGUAUGCAAUCCGGUCUUCUCUCCGUCAAGACUCGGUUGUCUGGUCAACAGAAGGUCAAGGAGCGUGAGCGUCGUAAGGAGAUGCAGGCCCUGCUCGAGGGUAAGCUGGAGGAACAUGACCGGGAGGUUGCAAAGAAGAAGAAGAAGGAGCGUGGAUCCGGCUGGGACAAGCGUCUCCGUGGUCGUGACUUCAUCGGCGAGGGUGUUGAUAUUGUGAUUGAGGGCCAGGACCGCAAGAAGCGGAAGCGAGAACAAUCCUGGGAGCAGGAUCUGCGCAAGGGCCGUUAUGCUGUUGCUUUGGAUCAAGUCCUGACAGGAACUGACAAGACUGCUCAACUUACCCUUUUCACUGCCCUCCGUCACCGUUCUGCGUUGCGUACUGCUCUCAAGGACCGUGAUGAGGUCACUCUCCAACCCGUCCUGUCAUGGGUAUACAAGCACAUUCGUGAGCCUCGUCUGGUUGAGCUCUGUGUCGAGGUUGCGAUGAAUCUGCUGGAUAUUUACUCGCCCAACCUGGGCCAGUCAGCUCAGGUCGACAAAUUGGUGGAUCGACUGCAUUACCGUGUACGUGACGAGGUGGAAAUGGCCCAGAAUGCGUUCCAGCUUAAGGGUGUAUUGGAUAUGUUGAAGGCAUAG